AUGGAAAUCUUUCUUGACCUGUCAGACCCACCUAACCAUGUAUGUUCCGAAAACAUAUCAUUCUCAUCUCGACCCUCGUUCUGUUCGAAUCAAAAUUUGUUGUUUUGUCCCAGAUAAUUGUUCUUUGGCUUUUAAAGACCUUUGGUAAAAAUUUUCACUACUUCUCGAAUUAAUCAUGUGCUGUGGACCUUGUGGAUCGUGCUGCGGAUGUUACUGCUGUGGUCCCUGCUGUGGACCUUGUGGACCCCGAUGUGGUCCGUGCGGAUCCUGCUGUGGACCCUGUGGACCUUGUUGCGGACCAUUUGGCAGCUGUUGCGGUGGCUGUUGGUGCUAAAUGCUCACAAUCUGCAGCCGAAACGAUUUGAUACAUCAUGCCACAAUACCACCAUGGUUAAACUAACACCUGAAAGUUAUAAGCCACAAAUAUAUUGAGAUGAAACUGCAA